AUGGCGUUCCUGUUCAAGUCCAAGAAGCAGCAACCGCCCGCGUCGGCCCUCCCUGCCGCGUCGCGCAACAUCACCUCGUCCGAUGGCCCGCCGCCAGCCUCGUCCAUACCCACUGCCAAUGGCGCGCGAGCCGGCCCUCCGCCGCGCGAGGCCGAGCCGGCCAGGAACUCGCCGCAGGCCCAGACACCCACGCCCACCGCCUCUGUGAACAACUCGGUGAGCUCCCUGCAGGGCACCGAACAUACCGCGAGUCCGGAGCCCACCAAGUUGCGGGAGCGAUCCAACUCCCAGCUUCAGAACGGGCGUGCCUCGCAAGCUCCCCCGCCGCGCGGUCUUUCCGAAUCCCCCUACCCGUGGUCUCAACGCCGCCUAAAUUUCACAACCGCCGCAAGCCCGUUCCCGCGCUAUGGAGCCGCAGUCAAUUCCCUCGCGUCCAAGGACGGCAGCAUAUAUCUUAUGGGCGGUUUGGUUAAUGGCACCACCGUGAAGGGCGAUCUGUGGAUGACCGAAGCAGGCGCUGGGAACAUGGCGUGUCAUCCUGUUGCUACGACCUCGGAGGGACCAGGCCCCAGAGUUGGACAUGCCAGUCUGCUGGUUGGGAAUGCAUUCAUUGUGUUUGGCGGCGAUACUAAAUUGGACGAGGGCGAUCUCCUUGACGACACGCUUUAUCUUCUAAACACAUCAACGAAGCAAUGGUCGCGCGCCCUGCCGGCAGGACCGAGGCCAUCCGGUCGUUAUGGUCAUACGUUGAACAUUUUGGGAUCACGGAUCUAUAUCUUUGGUGGCCAGGUCGAGGGCUUUUUCUUCAACGAUUUGGUUGCUUUUGAUUUGAAUGCGCUGCAAGUCCCGAACAACCGAUGGGAGGUGCUCAUUCCGAAUAGCGCAGACGGUGGCCCAGCCCCCGGUCAUGUUCCCCCGGCGAGAACUAACCACUCCAUUGUCAAUUGGAACGACAAGCUAUAUCUGUUCGGUGGCACAGACGGUGUAAACUGGUUUAGUGAUGUCUGGGCCUACGAUCCUAAGACCAAUUCUUGGUCGGAGCUUGACUGCAUUGGCUAUAUCCCGCUUGCGCGAGAAGGGCACGCCGCCGCCAUCGUCCAGGACACCAUGUACGUCUUCGGAGGUCGGACAAGAGAAGGAACUGAUUUGGGUGAUUUGGCCGCUUUCAAAAUAACGUCGCGCCGGUGGUACAUGUUUCAGAACAUGGGCCCAUCGCCAUCCCCACGCUCUGGACACAGCAUGACUGCUUAUGGAAAACACAUCGUGGUACUUGCCGGCGAGCCGAGCUCUUCUGCCCCGGAUCGCAAUGAGUUGAGCAUGGCGUACGUCCUGGACACUUCCAAGAUUAGGUAUCCGUCAAGCGAACAGUCUCCUGCGACUGCUGUUGAGAGACAGCCUGUACGGAAGAUGAGCGGUGGAGGAUCAGGAAUUCCGCAGAGUCGGGCAGGCCGCGAAAGUAUGAUGGCUGGCCCCAUGGGAGCUCCCCCCGCUAGGCCAGCUGAAGGACCUCCUGUUGCUGGCAGCCCGCAAAACAGUCCUGGCGGCUCACGCCUUCCUCUCCCUCGAACCGUCGGAGGACCUGUAGCAUCUUCAGGACCUCCUCCGCAACAACAAGCUCCACAGCCCAGGGCAAAUGGUGCCAGACCAGGCAGCAAAACUCCUACCAAGGCAUCCGGAUUUGGACCUACGGUUGACACGGCAAGAGCCGCCGCGCUCGAUCGAGACGCCAUGUCUCCCGUGGCCAGGGAAUCCCCCGUGGCCAGAGACAGCCCGUCAAUGCGGGAGAAUGAGCCGCAGAGUGUUGCACAACGCGCCAUGCAAAACCAAGGCCGGGAACAGAGCCCGCGUGGUGUUCGCAGUCCCGUUCAAGCGAAGCCACCUCAUCUCCACAAGGACUCGGUCGACUCUGUAAAGAGUGGGCCGCCGCCGCGGUCUGAAUCUCGUUCACGUCAUCAGCAGUCCUUGGACAAUGUUGUGCAAGACUCUCCUCGCGGAUCCUCAGAGGGCCACAAGCACAGGCGAUCAGCAAGCCGCGAGGUGGAAAAGCCAAUCGACAGCGGAAUGGGGUCCUCGCCAUCUGGAAAGGCGCCGAGCGAGGAAGUUGUGCGGGAACUGGAGGCUGCGCGAAGCCGGAACGCUUGGCUUGCAUCCGAAUUGGCCUUGGCGCGCAAGGCCGGCUACCAGGCCAAUGCAUCAAAUAGCCCUGUUUUGGACGAGAGGGCCGCGGAGGCCUUUGGCGACGACGACAAACCACUCGUGGAAGCUCUAAUCAGGAUGAGAGCUGAAUUGGCCAAGGUUCAAAACUCCAUUGACGCACAAGCGGUCGAAGCUGCCAACAAGAUUGCUCAGAUAGAAAGGCAAAGGGAUGCCGCUAUCGGUGAGGCAGUGUAUGCAAAGACCAAACUUGCUGCGCACGGUGGAAGCCAAGCAGGAACUCCGCAGCCCGAUGGAAACCGGAACAUGACUCCUGAUAUGGAUCGGAUGAACGACAUGAACAGGCGCCUAGCAGCUUCUCUUGCUGCUCAAACUGAGCUGUCCUCGCGGGUCGAUGGUCUUUUGGUCGAGAUGGAGUCCGAGAAGCGGGCACGCACUCUUGCCGAAGAAACCGCCGAGGCCGCACAGAAGCGCGCGAGUGAUCUCGAUUCCUACCGCCAGCGGACUAUGAUGGAGUUGGAGUCGUUGAGAGCUGAGCUUCAUGAGGCGGAGAAGGCUGCGCGUGAAGAAUCAGCCUCUUCUGCCGAAGCGAAGGCAUCCGCGCAAAUGCUUACCAUAGACAAGUCCGAGCUUAGCGGGAAGCUUUCUAGGGCUCUUGACGACGUCAAGAACCACUCCGGUGUUCUUGAAUCGCUUCGUGCUGCCGUUAACGCCUCCACGGACAAAGCAGCCCUGCUCGAAUCGAAGCUCGACGACGAACGGACCCUGCGCAGCGAGCUCGAACAGCAAUUCGCCAAGAUCCGCGCAGAGCACGAAGAUAGCAAACGUGAACUCGAAAGCACCGCUCGGCGCCUCAAGGAUUCCGAGGAGAUUGCUGCUAAACAUGCCGAAGAAGCUGCAAUGCACCGGGAAGCCGUGCUCAAUGGAUUGGCUCGAGCCACCGACAAAGACACGGAUGAAGACGUCUCUGACCAAAGGGUACAAAUAUUGCAGCAACAGCUUGAUGCAGCGAGCGCCAUGGUCCGAAAGAACCAAGAAGCUGCCGACCUCGCCUCGGAGAAACUACGCCGUGCUGAAGAACGGAUCGCCGGCCUGGAAACGUUCCAAGAGCAGGCAAGCAGGGAGGGUUUGUCGAUCCGGAAGCAGCUGCAGAACGCCAUGCGGGAGAUGCAGCAGCUCCAGUCGGAUAAAUCUGAACUCCAACAGCAGUACGAGAGACAGCUUCUCGAAGCUAAUGCGCACGAGGUUCAGCUCAAAACUCUCAAGAACUUGCUGGACGAGCGUGGCAUCAGCACAAGUGCUGCGGAACACCGACGCUCUCGGGCGCUUGACAGUCCCAGCUCACGCUUCAGCACCCCUGAGCUCAAUCGCGUGCGUGAGCUUGAACAACAGCUCGAUGCCAGCCUCAAGGCGCACGAUGAGAUGCGGGCAAGCUUUGAGAACCGUGAGGCUGAAAUCAGCAAAGAGUGGGAGGAGAAGAUCACCGCGCUGCACAACGACCACCAGGCCGCAGUCAAGUACCUUCGCGGAACGGAGAAAAUGCUCACAAAGAUGAAGUCUGAGUUGGAGAGGUACAAAGCCACCAAUGGGGAGCUGGAGAAGGAGCUCAGCCAAGCGAGACAGAGAGGCCUCAGCCCUAACCAGGACGCAAACUCCAACUGGGAGGCUGAGCGUGAUGCCCUUCGAUCACAAAUCACCAACAUGCAGGGCACGCUCAAGGAAUCUGUCACGCAGCUUGAGAGCCAGAUUCAACAGCUUCAGACCGACUUGGAGGCCGCUCGCGUUGAGCAGGAGUCUGCUGCGCGUCAAGCUCAGCAGCUCGAGCAUGUUUCUGCUCAGCAACGCGCUGAGAUGGAGAGCCUUCAACGCGAAAAGGUUUCUCUGGAAGAGCGCGCAAGAGAUGCCGAGCAACGCGUUCAGAUGUUCCUUGACCAGUUCGAAAACAGCGUGGACAACUAUCGUCGCCAGUCUCAAAUGGUGCUCCAGCCCCACGGCCAUGACGAUCACUCGCAUGGCCAUAGCCAUCACCGAUCACACGGCAGCAUUGCAGGCGAUAGCAUCUACAGCCAAGCUACCGACACCACCGAGCGCACCGUCACACCUCCGAAUCCGCAGGCUGCCGCAGCGGCAACCCGCAACUCGAUGGCCCUGGACAGUCUGGCGACUGAACUCGAGUCUUUGCGUUCGCACUGGGAGAGUACGAACAAGGCCUACCGCCUCAGUCAACAUUCGUACAUCGACCGUACCCCGACGACUGAACAGGCAGACAUUGGCGAGAGUCUUGGCUCGUGGCGUAAGCGUCUGGACUUGGAUGAUGAAGACGAAGACGAAGACGACCAUCCGACGCCGCAGUAUGCGUCCACGCCGUCGUCUUCGCAACAUGCAAAGCAGCCAUCUCCAGCAAUGCAAGGGGGCCUCGAGCGCAAUGGCAGCGACGAUGCCAAUUCUAGGACGCCGACCCUUGCGACGAUGAAUGGCGUUUCGCCGGGCUCUCCGACCGGCCCUGGACCGGGUGGAGCAGCGAUGAUCUAA